GUUUAUUCAAUAUGUCUUUACCUAUUGCAACAACUUCAACAGAAACUAAAGAUCUCUUAAAAAUGGAGCGUGUUGGUGCCCACUCUCAUAUUCGUGGUUUGGGUCUUGAUGAUACACUUGAACCCCGUACUACUUCUCAAGGCAUGGUGGGUCAAUUAAAGGCUCGUAAAGCAGCUGGUGUUAUUUUGAGAAUGAUUCAAGCUGGAAAAAUAGCAGGUCGCGCUGUCUUGAUCGCGGGUCCUCCUUCUACAGGUAAAACGGCUAUUGCCAUGGGUAUGGCACAAGCUCUUGGUACAGACGUGCCUUUUACCAUGUUGGCUGCUUCUGAAAUCUUCUCACUUGAAAUGAGUAAGACAGAAGCAUUGACACAAGCCUUCCGUCGGUCCAUUGGUGUCCGUAUCAAGGAAGAAUCUGAAUUGAUUGAAGGUGAAGUGGUUGAAAUUCAAAUUGAUCGAUCCAUCACUGGUGGCUCAAAAACCGGUAAAUUGACAUUGAAGACCACCGACAUGGAAACAAUUUACGAUCUCGGUAACAAAAUGAUUGAUUCACUCAACAAGGAAAAAGUCAUGGCUGGUGAUGUGAUUGCUAUCGACAAGGCUUCUGGCCGUAUUUCAAAAUUAGGUCGUUCUUAUGCUAGAGCAAGGGAUUAUGAUGCAAUGGGUUCUGAUACUAAAUUUGUUCAAUGUCCAGAAGGCGAAUUACAAAAAAGAAAAGAAGUAGUUCAUACAGUCUCCUUACACGAAAUUGAUGUGAUCAACAGUCGAACUCAAGGCUUUUUGGCCCUUUUCUCUGGUGAUACAGGUGAAAUCAAAUCUGAAGUAAGAGACCAGAUCAAUACCAAAGUAGCAGAAUGGAGAGAAGAAGGAAAGGCCGAGAUUGUGCCUGGUGUGCUCUUUAUUGAUGAAGUACAUAUGCUUGAUAUUGAAUGCUUUAGUUUCUUGAACAGAGCCUUGGAAGAUGACAUGGCACCUGUUGUGAUCAUGGCCUCAAAUCGCGGUAUCACGCAUAUUCGAGGCACAAAGUAUAAAUCACCUCACGGUAUUCCUGUUGAUUUACUAGACCGUAUGCUUAUUAUCUCAACAAACCCUUAUGAAGAAAAGGAAGUGAAGGAAAUCUUAAAGAUUAGAUGUCAAGAAGAAGAUGUUGAAAUGACAGACGAUGCUAAAGAUGUCUUGACACGUAUUGGUACUGAGACAUCACUUCGUUAUGCUAUUCAUUUGAUCACAGCUGCUAAUUUGGUUGCAAGGAAGAGAAAGGCACCUGCUGUUGAUGUACAAGAUAUCAAGCGAGUCUAUGCUCUCUUUUUAGACGAAAAGAGAUCAGUGCAAUACUUGAAGGACUAUCAAGACCAAUACAUGUUUAAUGAACAUCAUGAUACAAUGGCAGUUGAUACUGCUAUGGAAAUGUAAACAUUUAUAUAAUAAAAUUUAAAAUAAUAAUAACGAC